UGCAACUUAACAAUCUUUUCACAGCAAGGGGUGCCAAGCCCAAGCGGCGCGACCUAGAGCUAUAUUUGUCCUGUGUUAUAAUUUAGCAGCUGACUGACGGCUAAGAUCGCAAAAGUCAUUUGUAUCCGAUCUUAAUCUCAGAUCGAGCCAGGAACAUCAAUAUCGAGAAGUAUAGGUACUGACGGCACCUAACCUACCUACAUCGAAGGCUUGAACAUUAUUUCAAAGACCAGUUUCUUCAACGCAUGGCGAUGGGAGUCAAUCGCGAUAACCGUAUCGUACUGACCGCCCCACCCGCACUGACCACACCUCACUAGCAGAGAACUUGGGACUCUCCAUCUGCCAAAAAUUUCCACCUUAGCCUCCAGCCUCAUCCAAACCGCCGAAAAGCCAACUGGAAAAAUGCCGUCUACGCAUAAUAAGGAGAAGUCGUGGGACACCGACGACAUUGACAAAUGGAAAAUCGAAGAAUUCACACCUGCUGAUAAUGCUGGAGGCACAUUUGCUGAAGAGUCCUCCUUCGCGACUCUGUUCCCCAAAUACCGAGAGGUCUACCUGAGAGAGGUGUGGCCGCUGGUUACUCGGGCUCUCCAAAAACAUGGCAUUGCCUGCACCCUAGAUCUCGUCGAGGGUCAGAUGACGGUCAAGACGACGAGAAAGACUUUCGACCCCGCCGCUAUUCUCAAGGCCCGCGACCUCAUCAAGCUCCUCGCAAGAAGCGUCCCAGCACCACAAGCCCUCAAAAUCCUCGAAGACGGCGUUGCAUGCGACAUCGUCAAGAUUCGGAAUCUCGUGGGGAAUAAGGAGCGGUUUGUCAAGCGCCGGCAGCGUAUCCUGGGCCCCGGCGGAAGCACCCUGAAGGCCCUGGAACUCCUGACCCAGACAUACAUACUCGUCCAUGGAAACACAGUGUCGGUCAUGGGACCGUAUAAGGGCCUCAAGGAGGUGAGGAGGGUGGUCGAGGACACAAUGGCGAACGUCCAUCCCAUCUACCUCAUCAAGGAACUGAUGAUCAAGAGGGAGCUCGCCAAGGACCCCAACCUGGCCAACGAGAGUUGGGACAGGUACCUGCCCAACUUCAAGAAGAGGAGUCUGAGCAAGAGACGGGUACCGCACAAGGUCGAGGAUAAGAGCAAGAAGAACUACACCCCCUUCCCACCUGCGCCGGAAAAGAGCAAGGUCGACCUGCAGAUUGAGAGUGGAGAGUAUUUCCUGGCGAAGGAAGCCAAGCAAAGGGCGGUCCAGGCAGAGAGGGCGGACAAGGCGAAACAAAAGAAGGAGGAGAAGAUGCGAGAGCGGGAACUUGAGUUUGUGCCGCCCGAGGAACCAGGCGCAAAGCCGAAGAAGAAGAAGCGGAAGGUAUCGCACGAGUGAAGCCAUCGGCUGGCUGGAGAUGCGGAAUGAGGGAACUUCCUCCCAAGUGUUACGU